AGGGGCGCCUCAGAUCCCCUUCCCGUAUAUUCCACAAGAGCCUUUUCUUUACAAAAUGAGUGAUUUGGGGAAAAAGAAAGGCCCCAGGUUUGGGGGCGACUUUUCAGAUUCGCCUACUGACAAAGUCAAGCAAUGGUUUGACAUGGUUAAUGGCUUCGAAUAUAAUGGCCAUGAUGCCAUCGUAGCCAAGAUACUCAAGCUGGAAUCAGUCACGUACACGCCAUCUAGUGAGCAUCCGCAUGAUGCGCGCACAGUCUUCAGCUUCGUGGUACCAGAGGAACUUUGCAAUAUCGGAGGCAAUCUUCAUGGAGGCGCGGUAGCAUUGAUCUUUGACAUCACGACGUCGCUGACUAUUUUGCCGUGUGGGCGCGAGGGGUUCUGGGAUGGUGGUAAUGUUUCACGAAAUCGUAAGUGCUGCAUUGUGUUCAACUGCACGUACCUAAGGCCGGCGCCGGUAGGUUCGACCAUCUUUGUGGAAAGCUGGGUUGUGCAUCUGGGCAAGCGCAUGGGUCUGACCAUGGGGACGAUGAGGCUGGGUUCGAAGGAUGGAAAGGUCUGCUAUACCUGCGAGCAUGGGAAAGCGAGUCUGGGCGGAUCCAAUAUGUGAGGGGAUGGAACAGGUAUUUGGGACGAUUAGAGUUGGGACGCAACAGAAUUUCUGGGCGUACUAGUAGUCCAUAGAAUCUCGGUCAAUUACAAGUUUAGUGUC